AUGUCACCCGCACAGCGUGUCGUUAUCAUCGGUGCUGGCAUUGUCGGCACCAAUAUCGCUGAUGAGCUGGUCUCACGCGGAUGGACGGAUAUCACCGUUGUCGAGCAGGGCCCGCUGUACAUGCCUGGCGGAUCCACAUCGCAUGCCCCUGGCCUCGUGUUCCAGACUACUCCCUCCAAGACGAUGACGAAUUUUGCACGAUAUACAAUCCAGAAGCUUCAAUCUAUUGAGAAGGACGGCCAGAAUUGCUUCAAUCAAGUCGGUGGUCUCGAGGUGGCGACAACACCAGCACGGCUUGAGGAUCUCAAGCGCAAGCAUGGUUAUACUUCCUCGUGGGGCAUUGAGGCUCACCUCGUGAGUGCGGAGGAGUGUCUCAAGUUAUAUCCCCAUUUGAACAAGGAUGUGGUUCUAGGAGGCCUACACAUUCCUAGCGACGGCCUGGCUCUCGCGGCUCGGGCGACCCAGCUGCUCAUUGAACGCACCCGCGAGGCUGGUGUCAAAUACCUCGAAUCAACACCCGUGACAGGCAUCGACCGAGCAAAUGGCAGAGUGACUGGAGUGACGAUACCCAAUGGCUCCAUCCCAGCUGAUAUCGUCAUCUCCUGUGCUGGCUUCUGGGGCGUGGAACUCGGCGCUAUGGUUGGCUUGUCAAUUCCUCUACUACCGCUCGCUCACCAAUAUGCCAAAACAACACCCGUGCCAUCUCUUGUUGGCAGGGAUCUCAAUAAUCAAAUAAACGGAAAGAACGCCGAACUCCCGAUUCUACGACACCAGGACCAGGAUCUAUACUACCGCGAGCACGGGGACCAAUACGGUAUUGGGUACUAUGGCCACCGACCUAUGCCCGUCAAGGCCUCAUCAUUGGGUCUCACUUCCAAGAAUGUGGAUGAGAAGAACAUGCCAUCUCGUCUUGAAUUCACUGCAGAGGACUUUGACCCUGCCUGGAAGGAAACACAACGGCUCUUGCCCAUGCUACGAGACACGGAGAUCGCGGACGGGUUCAAUGGUAUCUUUUCGUUUACGCCCGAUGGAGGACCGAUCGUUGGACAAGCGCCUAAUCUGGACGGAUUCUGGGUCGCCGAGGCAGUGUGGGUUACACACUCAGCAGGUGUUGCUCGUGCCGUCGCCGAAGUCCUCACCACCGGCCGCUCGCAGAUCGAUAUCUCGGAGUGCGAACUCUCUCGCUUCGAAGAAGUCCAGCUAAGCCAGUCUUACAUUGAAGAAACCUCAUCCCAGAACUUUGUCGAGAUCUACGAUAUCUUGCACCCUUCUCAACCAAGAGAAUCCCCUCGCCAGCUGCGAACUAGCCCAUUUUAUGCCCGAGAGAAAGAGCUGGGUGCGUACUUCCUUGAGCUCGGUGGCUGGGAGCGACCCUUCUGGUAUGAAGCGAACAAGGAACUACUCAACUACCUGCCGCCAAAAUGGAAGCCCGUCGAGCGGGAUGCCUGGUCCGCGCAAUUCUACUCUCCAAUCGUCGCAGCCGAGGCAUGGAAGACACGUAACGCAGUGGCCAUGUUCGAUAUGACCUCCUUCCACCGUUUCGAGGUAUCCGGUCCCGGUGCCCUCGACCUUCUCCAACGCCUCAGCACGGCCGAUGUCAACACCAACCCCGGCACUAUCACAUACGCCCUCCUGCUCAACGACCACGGCGGCAUCCGCAGCGAUAUCUUUAUAUCAAGACUGGAGGAGAACCUCUUCCAGAUCGGCGCCAACACCGCCACCGACCUGGCCUAUCUCACCCGGGAAGCCCGCCACCAGAGCCAGAAGAAGUUCGUUCAAGUCCGCGAAAUCACCGGCAGCACCUGCUGCAUCGGUCUCUGGGGACCUCGUGCCCGCGACGUCAUCAACGACAUCACCGCCGACGACUUCUCCAACAAGGGUCUGCCAUACCUCGGCGUGAAACAGGCACUUAUCAAUGGUAUUCCUGUUACAGCCUUCCGCAAAUCCUACGUCGGCGAACUGGGCUGGGAAAUCCAAACUACGGCCGAGUACGGCCAGCGUCUGUGGGACACAAUCUUCCGAGCAGGCAAGAUCCAUGGCCUGAUCGCCGCUGGCCGCGGUGCUUUCAAUGCCCUGCGCCUGGAGAAGGGAUACCGCAUUUACGGCACGGACAUGAACACGGAGCACAACCCGUAUGAAGCUGGCGUGGCGAGUGCAAUUCGAGUGAGCAAGUGGGAGGAUUACGUGGGCAAAGCCGCCCUUGAGCGCAUCUCUUCAAAGCAGAAACCUACCCGGCGCCUGCGCUGUCUCACAGUCAACGAUGGCCGGUCUAUGGCUCUCGGUAAGGAGCCAGUGUUCCACAACGGCAAGGCAGUUGGAUACGUGACCAGCGCGGCAUUUGGGUUUACAGUUCGCAAGCCUAUCGCGUAUGCCUGGCUGCCUGGAUCUCUGGAUGAAGGUGCGGCCGUGGAGAUUGAAUACUUUGGUCGGAGGGUUAAGGCUACUGUCGCGGCUGACCCGUUGUAUGACCCUGAUAACAAGCGUCUGCUUGCUGAUGGGUUGUCGGUUGAUUCGGAGGUUCAGAAACCUGUCAAGUCUCGUCUGUAA